AUGGACCGCCGUGGCUCAGCCAGUAAUCCUGGCUCGGGCUUGCGCGGCGCACGGCCACCUUCGAUCGCCUCGACGCGCCGCGGCACCCUCCCAGCCACUACCCACUCGCGCGGCCAGUCGAGCGACGAGCCCAGCCUACCACCCUCACCCAUGACCUACUUCCCCAACCCGUCGACAUUCACCUCGGAGCCGCCCUCGUCGCAGUACGUCCCGGCCAGCAUCCAGACGUCGCCAAGCCUCGCUAGCGUUCGCGAGCUCGGCUCGGUUUCGCAGUCGUCGCUCUCCCUCAGCUCGGACUAUGAUGCGGACCCUGUUGCACGGACCCCGCGUCUCAACCCGACCCCUGGCAUCGGUGAUCUCCAGUCACAGCAGGCCAUGCCUAUCCAGUCGGCGUAUCAGCCGACGCCGACCGGUCACCGCGGCGACUCGGUCCCCGUCCUCGGCGCUAGUCCCCGGCUCAGCAGCUCGCGACGUAGUGCGAGCGUCGCCAGUGUUAGACCCGUCAACACGCCGACGUAUGGCGCGACGAGCCACCUCGGUCCCUCGCUGUCGGGGAGUCUUGGCGGCCUUGGAUUCGGGCCCGACUCCUCGUUGGGUUCAGCACUGGGCCUCGGGACAGCAGAUCAGCGGCGCAUCUCGUCGAUGGCAUCAGGCAGCUCGACGGGCCGGCGCAUCGAGAGCCCGAAGCUGCCUUCCCUCACUCUUCCGAGCACUGGGUACACUACAAGCAGGUCGCAACCCUCCACCGCGCAUGGGACGCCGCGCAUUCGCAAGGAGGAGAACGCAUUCGGGAGUGGAUCGCGCGGCCGCCGCUCAGCGUCGCGCCCGCCUGGCGGUGGCCACCGCCGCGGCAUUAGCGUGUCGUCCAACCUCUCGCCGGUACAGCAAAUCCAGUCCCCGGCGUCCCCGACCGGCUCCGUGUUCCGCAAGCUCAAGACCGUGUCGAGCAACCUUGGCCUCACACUCCAUCGCACGCAUACGGCGUACGACGACGACUCGGACUACGACGACAAUGGCGAAGACGAGGGCAAGAUCGCCAACGGCACCCGCGUGUGGUACUCGUCGUAUGUUACGAUUGACUGGCUGCACGACGCGAUCAAGGAGUCCUCGCGCAUCCGUCGUAUCCGUCAUCUUCGCAACCGCUCGGUGCGCGGUGCCAUCUCGAAUGCUUGGGACCGCUUCCAGGGCUGGCUUAUCGUGACAGUCGUCGGCGUUCUCACGGCACUUGUCGCGUUUCUUAUCAUUCGCGCUGAAAUGGGCUUCUUCGACCUCAAGGAGGGAUACUGCGCACGAUCCUGGGGUUCCGCCAAGCGCCUCUGCUGCGCCCCCCGGCACGGCACACACCCUGGCGUCACAAGUGGCGACGAGGAGGACUGUGGCGACUGGAUCACCUGGGCCCAGGUCUUUGGCGGCAGUGACGAGGCGGAGGCGUCGUUCUGGGCCGAGCCCGAGUUCAUGGCAUACUUCUUUGUCGCCGUCUCCCUUGCUUGCUUGUCGUCUGCUCUCACGUACUACCUCACUUCGUCGGCCAACCACAUUACCUCUAAGGACUCGGCAUUCCUUGGUCCUGUGGCCGAGACUCAAACCGCACAACUCGUGACUCCUAUCAAGGCGCCCAACGAGCGCGAACCCCUCAUUACGCCGGGCUCUGAACCUAGCUCUGGACCCCCACCUCAGCCGGCGCGCCCAGUCAUCUACAUGGCGGCUGGUAGUGGUAUCCCAGAGAUUAAGACGAUCCUUUCCGGCUUCGUGAUCCACGGGUACCUCGGCAUGUCAACACUGGUCGUCAAGAGUAUUGGCUUAGCCAUGUCCGUCGGCUCGGGUCUCUCACUCGGCAAGGAGGGUCCGUUCGUUCACAUUGCAUCUUGCAUCGCCAACAUUGUCUCUCGCGCAUUCGCCAAAUACGACCACAACGAGUUGAAGAGACGUGAGAUCUUAUCAUCUGCAUGUGCCGCCGGCGUUGCCGUGUCCUUCGGCGCGCCAAUCGGUGGCGUCCUGUUCUCGCUCGAAGAAGUGUCGUACUACUUCCCGCCCAAGGUCAUGUGGCGGGCGUUUUGGUGUGCAGCCGUCGCGGCAAUCACACUUCGCGCGCUCAACCCGUACGGCAACGGCUCGAUCGUCCUGUUUGCCGUGACCUACACCAAGGAGUACCACUAUUGGGAGUUUGCCGUGUUUAUUCUCCUCGGCGUCUUUGGUGGCCUGUACGGCGCGCUCUUUUCACGUCUCAACAUCAUCUGGAGCCGCGACGUGCGUAAGGGCACGUGGCUUGGGCGCCACCCCAUCUUUGAGGUCUUCCUCGUGACUGCGCUCACGACGGUCGUCUCGUUCCUGAACCCGCUUGCACGCCUGGGUGGCACGGAGCUGGUCGCCAAGCUCUUCGCCGAAUGCUCGGUCGACUCUGCGUCCUCUCUCUGUGUCGACAACGGGCUCAAGGUCGGCUCCAUCGUCAGCGUGAUCGGUGGCGCGCUCCUGAUCAAGGCCUCCCUGACAAUCAUCACGUUUGGCGUGGUGUUGCCGGCUGGUAUUUUCAUCCCUUCGCUCGUCAUUGGAGCGUGCUUUGGCCGCAUCGUCGGCGUUGUCCUCGAGCUUUUCGAGUACAACCACCCCAACUUCCCAAUCUUCGACGGGUGCCGCGCGGGCGGGGCCCCGUGCAUAGUUCCCGGCAUCUACGCAAUGGUCGGUGCGGCUGCUACGCUCGCUGGCGUGACGCGCACGACCGUGUCCCUUGCCGUUAUCAUGUUUGAGUUGACCGGCACGCUCAACUAUGUCGUACCGGUCAUGCUGGCCGUGCUGGUGGCCAAGACUGUCGCGGAUGGUCUUGAGAAGCGCGGCAUUUACGAGCUUGUCAUUGAGCUCAAGAAGUUGCCUUACCUGAGCAACAAGGAGGAAUACCUCUGGGGCGGACGUUUAGUGUCCGAGGUGAUGGACCGCGACGCACCGACGCUCCGUGCGGACAAGGUUCACACUGUGCGCGAACUCACAGGGCGCCUCCUCGAACUAGUGCGCCUUGGUUACGCAGAUGCUGGUUUCCCUGUAUUGGUCAAGGAGCCGGCAGCCGACCGUGAUGGGCGCACGUUUCCGACAUUGCGCAUCCUCGGCUUCCUGGGUGUCAACGAGCUUGAGCAUGCGCUCACAGAGCUAGCGGACGAGCCAGAUGCCGAAGUCAACCUCAUCCCAGACGACAGCUUGAUGAGAUCGUCUCGCCUGAGCAUUUUCAGUUUCUCGGAAAGCCACGAGGGUAGGCACAACCCGUAUGACCUGAGCCAGUACAUUGACAGGGCACCCAUCACUGUGCAGGCGUACUCGCCACUCGAGCUGGUGCAGCAAAUGUUUGUCAAGCUCGGUGCGCGACAAAUCCUUGUCACCGACUCACGCGGCACGUACCGCGGUGCGCUGUACAAGAAGCAGUGGAUUGCGUUCCUCGAUGACCUCGAGUUACUCGAGCGGUAG